AUGGCUGAUCUGGGGGGCCAUCAGGGCCGGAACUACCGGCCCUAUGGACAUGCAUCAUCCUUUCAGCGGGAUGCAGCCUUUUCUGAGAUCUUCGGCGGGGCGCCGCCGCCGGGUCGUUCCCAGACGUUGACUUCGCAAACUCCCAUGUUCUCCCAGGACCGGGCACACACCAUGACCUCACAUGUGCCCCAUCCUCCAAUGCAGAGGGGUCCGCCACCACCAGCACGCCAGAUACAGAAUGGACAUGUGGCGGGUUCCCCAAAUGGAUACUAUCAAGCGUACCCUGGGGCUGCAGCCGUGCCUUCGCAACCUGCUCCCCAAAAUCCACCACGCCCAUACCCUGGACGUUUCGCUUAUCCGCAACCCCAACGAUUAGAUUCACGACCCGCCCCAGGACCACAGUAUCCAGAUACGAAGGGAUACGGUCGUCCCAUGCCCCCUCCUGCCCUGAAUUCCGACGCUUAUAGAUCUAGAUCAAUGGCACGGAUGGGGGGACCGCCGAUGUAUCCCCCACAGCCGAACAGCUUCAACCACACUUCUGCGACUGCUUUUCGCCAGCAACCGUAUAAUGCGGGCACUCCCAUGACGGCACAAGGUCGAGUGGUCCCAGAAAGGCAUGGUAAUGAGCGUGCUAUGUCCUUAACCUCCUACUCAGCGGAUCGUGAACCGACACACACUACAAGCACGGGACGGGUGAUUCCUAGCCGACGACAGCCGUCAAGUCCCAACCAACCUCCGGCUGGGGGAUACGAAGCUGAACAAACACAACACCCGAAUAUCAACGGCAAACCGCGGCCGCCAAGUGACGGCUCCACGAAUUCGCGCUCGCUAUCCAUGGCCUCAACCGUUGUACCCGAUCGAACAAUGAGCAUGCAAAGCCAGCUCACUCAGAAAACCAGCAAUCAAACUACCGUUGGCCCAAGCAAUUCACGCCGCAGCAAGGUGCCUCUGGUAUACCCUGCUCUGCUGUCACGAGUGGCCGACAACUUCCGGGAGAGGAUCGCUUUAGCUGAGAGGCAGAAAAACGGGCUGUCAUACCAAAAUUCCUUCUCUGGCGCGGAUGCAGUGGAUCUCAUUGGUUAUAUUAUCAAGACUAAUGAUCGCAACCUGGCCCUUCUGCUUGGUCGCGCUCUAGACGCGCAAAAGUUUUUCCAUGAUGUGACGUACGACCAUCGCCUCCGAGAUGCUCCUGGUGAGCUGUACCAAUUUAAGGAAACAAUGGGAGAGGAAGCCCCAAGUUCUGAGGUCAACGGAGUCUUCACGCUUCUUACCGAGUGUUACUCGCCCACCUGUACCCGCGAUAGCUUGUGUUACUCGAUUGCUUGCCCUAGAAGACUGGAACAACAGGCGCGUCUGAAUCUGAAACCACAGCCGGGCUUGCGGUCUUCUGCCUCGAAAGGAAGUUUGCAUGGCGAUGAUGAUGAUAAUGACAAUCAGAAAUUGUGGAUUAACAUGGUCCCCAAGGAGGUAUCGGAUAGCGUUGACGACCGGGAGAAGAAGCGUCAGGAAAUUAUUUUCGAAAUCAUGUAUACAGAACGCGAUUUCGUUAAGGACCUGGAGUAUCUCCGAGACUUUUGGAUGAGACCGCUGCGCUCUGGGAGUGGUCAAAGCCAGUCACCAAUCCCGGAACAUCGGCGUGAAAAAUUCAUUCGCACUGUGUUUGGCAAUUGCUUGGAGGUUUUGAAAGUCAAUAGCGCACUAUGUGAAGCCCUCAACGCAAGGCAGAAAGAAAGCAAUGUUGUUAAAACCGUCGGUGAUAUAUUCCUUCAACACGUGCCACGUUUCGACCCAUUCAUCAAGUACGGUGCUAAUCAACUCUACGGAAAGUAUGAGUUUGAAAAAGAGAAAGCCUCUAAUCCGGGUUUCGCGCGAUUUGUUGAAGAAACUGAGCGUUUGAAAGAGUCCCGGAAGCUGGAGUUGAACGGAUAUCUCACGAAGCCCACGACUCGUUUAGCGCGAUACCCACUGCUUCUCGAGCAAGUCAAUAAGAGCACAGCGGACGACAAUCCAGACAAACAAGAUAUUCCUAACGCUAUUAAACUCAUCAAGGAUUUCUUAUCCCGCGUCAAUACUGAAAGUGGAAGAGCCGAAAAUCAUUUCAAUUUAGUACAACUGAACGCGGCGUUGAAGUUUAAUCCAGGCGACUUUGUCGAUUUGAAACUCACAGAGGAGAACCGACAGAUGUUGACAAAGAUGGCGUUUAAGAAGACACCGACUGACACCUCUGAAGUGACUGCAUAUCUCUUUGAUCAUGCUGUUUUGCUAGUGAGGAUUAAGGUCGUUAACAAACGCGAAGAAUACCGAGUUUAUAGGAAGCCAAUCCCCCUGGAACUAUUGGUCAUUGCGCAGAUGGAUGAAAUUAUUCCCAGGGUCGGGGUUGCCAAACGACCAUCGUCGAGUCUUUUAUCGAAUAAGCCGGCACCGAAUCCUCCCACAAAGGAUGGGCUUCCAAUCACCUUCCGACACCUUGGAAAAGGUGGUUAUGAGCAAACCCUAUACGCCUCGUCACCCACUCAGAGAAGAAAAUUCAUUGAAAUGGUGGAAGAGCAGCAAAGGAAACUUAGGGAGCGUAACAGCAACUUUUAUAACAAGACCGUCCUCUGCGAAAAUUUCUUUACGUCCAUAAACCGGGUGAACUGCCUUGUCCCCGUUGAUGGUGGACGAAAACUGGUUUACGGAACCGAUAGUGGAAUUUACCUUUCAGAACGGUGGCCGAAGGAUAAAUCGGCGAAACCUAGGCGGGUUCUCGAUGCCAGUCAAGUAACGCAGAUAGACACACUGGAGGAGUAUCAGCUACUGUUGGUUUUAGCGAACAAAACUCUAUCUUCUUAUCCCAUGGAGGCUCUAGAGAUCACAGAAGGUCAGAACACGAUGGCAAAGCGGCCGAAGAAGAUUCAGGGGCAUGCGAACUUUUUCAAGGCUGGUAUCGGCUUGGGGCGGCAUUUGGUUUGCUCUGUCAAAACUUCUGCUCUUUCCACCACCAUCAAGGUGUACGAACCAAUGGAUAACUUAGCCAAGGGAAAGAAGAAAUCCGCUGUUAGUAAGAUGUUCCAGAGUGGCCAGGAUACACUGAAGCCUUUCAAGGAAUUUUAUAUUCCCGCAGAAUCAUCUUCGAUUCACUUCCUUCGCUCGACACUUUGCGUUGGCUGUGCCCGUGGAUUUGAAGUUGUUAGUCUUGAGACCACCGAAACCCAGUCCCUCCUGGAUCAAGCCGACACAUCUCUUGAUUUUGUGGCACGAAAGGAGAAUGUGAAGCCCAUUCAUAUCGAGCGGAUGAAUGGAGAGUUUCUUCUUAACUAUAGUGACUUUUCAUUCUUCGUCAACCGUAAUGGUUGGCGUGCUCGCCCAGAUUGGAAGAUUUCGUGGGAGGGUAAUCCCAAUGCGUUUGCUCUGUCCUAUCCUUACAUCCUUGCAUUCGAGCCGAACUUUAUAGAAAUCCGGCAUAUCGAAACCAGCGAACUGAUCCAUAUUAUGACGGGGAAGAACAUUCGCAUGUUGCAUUCCUCCACUAGAGAGAUACUCUACGCUUACGAAGAUGAGACCGGCGAGGAUAUCGUAGCCAGUUUGGAUUUCUGGAACAAGCCGCAGCAUUAG